UAGCAAAAGAAUGUGGGAGAAUAUGGAAAAAACCAGACUCCCUUGUGGCUAAAAUUUACAAAGAUCGAUACUACGCACAAAUAUCAAUAUUUGAUGCCAGAAUAGGAACAAACUCGUCUUGGGGCUGGCGAAGCAUCCUAUAUGGUCGAGAACUACUCAUUUAGGGUCUUCGUUGACAGAUAGGAAAUGGAGAGAGUGUCCUGGCACUAUUAGACUUAUGGUUGCCUUCAUCACCCCCCUCACACCCUAAUCUAAAAAAAUGUAGCUAUUACUGUAGAGCCUAUCUUGGUAUCCUCUUUGAUUAGCCAACAAUCAAGUUAAUGGAGGACGAGUUUGAUUAAGAAAAUUUUCUCCCCUGAAUCAGUAUCUCUCAUUUGCUUUCUUCCGCUUGCUAGAAACAACCAAGUUGAUAAGAGAGUCUGGCAUUACACUACAAAUGGUGAGUACUCAGUGAAAACAGGAUACCAUAUGGGCAUCACCUUAGCUUUAUCAAAAGGGGCAAAGAAUAUAGCUCAGGCAAUGGAUGAGGGAUUAUGAAAAAAGACAUGGCAACUCCAAAUUCCGUGUGGCAAGUUUUAAGAGUUAUCCUACUGGCUAUGGCUAUCCUUAAAGCAAGAAAAGUUCUAGUUGACGAACUUUGCUUAGUAUGUUGCCUUCAAGCCGAGACAUUGGAACGCCUGUUCUUUACCUAUGCAUUAGCUACACGACUAUGGCGAAUGAUAUAGUUGGAUAAUAUCCCCAAUCAAACUGCGCAAGAAAAUUUUAACACUUGGUGGCGGAGAAUUAUGUACUCUAUCUACAACCCAUAUCAGAUUCUACAAGUCGUUGUUUACUAUGGAGAAUCUGGAAAUCCCGCAAUACAAUAGUUUUCGAAGAUACUCAAUUACUGUCAUCCGUACUCGUUGCUCAAUUUUCCCACCAAGUACAAGAAUUCUCCUCCGCCUACCCAUUUGUUCCUCCUCUACCACCACUGCUCGUCCCAUCAGUGCCUCCGUCCUGGUCUCCUCCUUCUCUUGGUCACCUAAAACUCAACUUCGACGUUGCUGUCCAUCCCUCUCAAGGUAGCGCCACGGGCUUGAUGUUACAAUCUGCAGACGACCGUACGCAUCUCGCUAUUGGACUUCAACACCCUGGGAUUGGAAACCCCAUACCUUGAUGAGCUACUAGCUUCCCGAGAUGGUUUAACUUUGAUUCGACGCCUUGACCUACAUGGAGUCAUACUGGAAGGGGAUUCUGAAGUCGUCAUUCGCCAGCUACUCAGAGUAAAUAGAAUCAGAUGCGAUUGGAGGCCCGGUGCUUAGAGAUUGUCGUCAGAUGAUCGCUGCUCUAGACAUAGGCUUAGAGGUCUGUGCGGUUCCUAGAACUGCCAAUCGGGCUGCCCAUAGUGUGGCAAGAAAAGCCCUUUCUCUGUCUAAUGUAGAGUUGCUUUCAUUUGAUUUUGUUUCUUAGGUAAGACAGAGAUUUACAAGAGGGCCGUGGUUGAUGCAUUUCUUGUAUUGUAUUGUCAUAUCUCCGGUAAAAAGAAAAACAAUACACAAUUCAAAAGCUCAUUAUUCUUUUAACUACAUACUCUUCCUGUUAUCCUUGUCAAAAAAAAAAUACUCUUCCUUUUAUAUCUCGAUGCUCGGAGAUCUCUUUUGCUAGUUCCAUAUCAUGCCUGCCGAAUGAAAAAUCGAUCUUUGUUGCUCCAGGCGAGAUGUACAGCUCUGAGACGAAUAAGCUAUUGAGGCAUGGGUCAAUUUCCCCCUCGCAGUCGUGCAGGCCAGUUAAAAGCAGCAGGCCUUUGUGCCAUGCUGUUGACGAAGAAGGACUCGUCACUGUCUUUUGUAUGCUCCGGCCACUACCAUAUGAUUGUCCAAGCUAUCAUUCCAUUGAACCCAAAAGCCAAAAGGUGCGGUCCAUGAUUCUGAGCGGCUGAGUACAUCUGAAAAGUUCGUGGAAACGCAGAAGCUGAAGAGCCCUAAUUGACUGUGUUUCUUUUGCCAAAUACAUACAUACAUGGCGCGGUGAGAAAAGAGCUAAUGCGCAUUGAGGAAUCAACAUCAGAGAAGAAAAGGGUAUAACAAGAACAGCAGCAGCAGCAGCUUUCCCUGGAGAAGGGCAAAAGUUACGUGGAAAAGUGGGUUAAAAAGUAAAGUGAAAAAAAUGGAAGAAAAGGACAUGCAGAGAGUGGGUGAAAGAAAUUAUACCUAUGGGGGCCAUUUUUGGUGAAGCACAUGGGUGGUGUUUGUGUUCUUUCUUUAAUCCCCCUCUAAAUUUUUACUGCAUUUCAACGAACAAUAUAUACUCCGGGGAAAUCUUGAUUUCGAGCUUUUUGCAUUUACUUUUCAUCUUUAAUUGAAUGUGCUUGGUUGAAGAACCUUGCUCGAUGAUCAUGGUGUCCCUUCUUUCCAUGAUGAAACUAGUUGGGACGUAGAAGAAAACCUAGACAUGAGAUGAGACCACCAACAACAAGAGAAACUAAACCCAAGCUACAAUCUUCAUCCGACAAAAUGUUUGUAGUCAUCAGAUUACUACGUUGAGUUUCAUAUAUAUAUAUAUACAUGAUGGCAAUUUCGAUCCGAUCCGUUGUUAUAACGACCCGUUUCAUCUGUUUACCUGCCUUGUAAAAGGGGUCAGACGGGGCGAGCAUUAGUACUCUACUCAACCUGACCCACCCUGACGUGACCCGUUUUGCUAUGAUUAUAUGUAACUUUACUUAAAUUACUUAGAAUUUUACCUUUAUUACACUAUUUUUAGCUAUAAUAAUGUUGUGAAUAGGUGGAAAGUUGAAACUCAACGUUUUGAAUUAUUAUAAUUUAGGGUUACCCUAAUUGUUAGUCAAACCUUUCUCGCCUUCUUUUUUAUUAGCCAAACCUAUUAAAUUACUACUAAUUAGCCAAAUCUCUUGUUAUGUAUCAAAAUAGUAGUCAUUUUUAUGUUAUGGUUAAUAAGUUUGUAACUUUUUUUCUUAGUUAAAAUGCUAAAGCUUUGAAAUGUUGAGCUCCAUGUGUCUCUUCAAAGUCCGUAUCAUGUCGUCAAAUUAAUAUUACUCACAAAACUGUUAACCGAAAGGUAACAUUUAGCUAAUUAUUAGUAAUUCAAUAGGUUUGCCUAAUAAAAAAGAACGAGAAGAAGAUUUGGGUAAUAAUUAAUGUUAACCCAAUAAUUUAACUACAUCUAUCAUGCCAUAAUUUGUUUUUUUGACUUAUUAAAGAUAAAAUCAAUGUUUCAAGUGUUUUUUUUUUAAUUUAUAUCCUAUAUAUGGGUCAAUCUAACUCGACCCAUAUUGUCUCGAACUGCCAUUUUCAUUCCUACCAUAUACCUUUCAUAACUUUAAUUGUCAGUGUCAAGUAAUUUAAGCUUGUAGAUAUCACAGAGGAAAAUGGCAUUCUAUAGGAAUAAUUUAUCACUUUCUUUUAGAUAAUUAUAUCCAACGUUUGAAUGUAGAAGGAUCUACCAAUGGGGAAUGAAUCUACUUUUGCACCAACGAGCAAGCAGAGUGUACAGUUAAGAUUGGCAUGUUCAAAUGUUGGGCGACAUACCCGCCAACUUCUCUAGGAGUCUCUGCCUAUUUUUCAGGGUAAUUUGGUGGGUAUUUACAGGAAGUUCACCCAAUAUGUCACCAAUCUUGAUGUCUUUUUGGUUUAUAUCAAGAAAACAGAGGGUGAUUAUAAAUCCGUUUAGAUUCAAAGAUUGUCUAGAAACAGCAUCUCAAAUUCUUUGACUGCCAAACACGAGAAUCGUUGACUCGCACUAACUACACAUUUUCAAUCGAAGGCCAAACAUAACCAAUGAUUAGGUGCAAUAUAGGGUAAGUAAAGUAAUAUAGUUUUUGAAUUCACGGAUCUCUAGAUGUACCGUUGCUUCAACUUAGGUUCGUUGUCUAGCCAAACAAAAAUAGUGAAAACUAAACUAACUACACUAAUCUAACCACUACUCUAAUUAAUUAUAAGAUAGGAGCUCACGUAGGUAUGAAUCCCCUAAUUCCUCAAUUGGACCAAUAUUGAGUACUACCUUAGAUUGAUGACUCGAUACUUCUACCGCGGAGAAUUCUAUACUAGAUUUCACCCCAAUUCGAGGUAUCCAACCCCGCUCAAUUGCUCUACUUGGAGAGGCUACUGUACAACCGACAUAGGCGAGUUGUUCACAACCAAUUCUCAUGAAUGGAAAAAAAAACCCAUUAUGACAUCAUUGACCCAAUCACAAUCAUUCAUAGACCCACGAUGAUGAAUUAGUAGUGCUCUAUUCAACCUAGGAGGAUAUUCUCCCUCCUAGGUAAAAACCCCUCAAAUUGAGGUAUGGGAUCAAGAUCCAUCAAUUGCAUGAAAUACUCAAUUCAAUAGAUAAUAGAGAAUCACAAUCAUAAGUUUUGUCACAUACAUCGACAAUCAAACCAACAUCUAGACCUACGGUUCAUCAACCUAAGUGAAUGAGAGCAAAUUCAUAGAGAGAAUAGAAUUUACAAUACAAAGCUUGAGGUCUUCAUUCUUCAUCUUCUAGACUUGAUUUCCUUGCUCCGAGCUCAAUUCAAGGCUCCAAUUCAGCCACAAGAUCACUAUUUCUAGAAAUCUCCCUUUGGGUGUUUUAGGGUGAAAACCCAACUCAACCAAAUUCUCUCUAGCUCUCCCCAAGCUAUCCCCUAAAAAACCAGCAACAACUUUAUAGUUUGCAAAAACAGGCCUAGCACGGGCGUGAAACACAACCAUGUUCUCUGGCCGUGUUCAUUCCUACACUUCAUUGUUUAAGUAUUCCAGAAGCAGACCUAACACAGCCUGGGAACACGGUUGUGUCCUAGGCCGUGUUCUCAGUCUUCAUCAAUCAACACCGUUUUGGAUCAGGCUCAUAGUUUUUGUAUUGAUGUCAAGGUCUUGGAGAUUGCGACCCUUGCAAUUGCCCGCGAAAUGUAGUUUGACUUCUAUCUCUUAGCAUCGUACAUAAGCCGAUGACACGCGUAUUUUCUUCAUAUGGAAAAAUUAGUGAAUGUCUUGGAACUUAGUCGUGUCUUGUGUUGUGCUAAGGAACACGGGGGAGGAACACGACCAUGUCCCUGGCUGUAUUCUCUCUGAAUUCUCCUUUCAAUAUUUUCUUGCUCUAUUCAUCCUAAAACUCGUUCAUCGGCUUCCACUACGUGCUAGGACUUCAAACAUAAUAAAACGAGGUACCACCUAGCGUAAUAUAAGACAAGGAAAGCUAAACAAUAUGUCAAGCGAUCAAGAAAUGAAGGGUCAAACAUGCACAUUUAGCCUCGAAUCAAACCCCCAACACUUAAUUGUUUGCUUGCAGCGGCGGAUCCAGAAUAUAGUAGAGCACUAGGCUGCAUUUCAUUAGAAGAUUAGAUAUCGUAAAAAAAUAAUAACCAUAGUUUUUUUACAAUGUCAAUUGUACAUGACGGUAUUUAAUUUAGUAAAUUCAUCAAUAAUGG